GAGCAAAAUCAGGCGGCAGGAGGGCGAGGGGGCAUCGGAUGAUGAGGCAGACACAAAGCCAGGGCGUGGCGACGGAACCUAAAAGCAUCAGAGGAAUCGGAAAGACGCCGGCGGGGAGGACGCUCGUGGCUGACAGGAGAGACCCGGGGAAACUUGCAACCGGGUGUUUGUGGAAAGGGGGUGUAGGAAUUGCUGAAGGGGGCACCCCGAGUGCGUGCGGAGCCCUAAAAACUGGGAUCCAUGGAGCCCAAGGAAAUGCCUGCUGUCCACUGCUGCCCCUCCGAUUGUGCCACAGAGGGUGAGACCAAAGCCUCCCAGGGCACAGAGCCUGUCCCCAGGAGAGCUGUCAGUCGCUCCCCAACCUGUGCCCGCUGCCGCAACCACGGUGUCACUGCCCACCUCAAGGGCCACAAGCGUCUCUGCCUCUUUCAGACAUGCGAGUGUCACAAAUGUGUCCUCAUCUUAGAGCGCCGAAGAGUCAUGGCUGCCCAGGUGGCCUUGCGUAGGCAGCAGGAGGCACAGCUAAAGAGGCACCUGGCUCAGGGCCUGAUGAAGAGAGGAGCGACCCCUCCCAAAGCUCCCAACCGUGUGAAGAAGGGAGCCACUCGACAAGGAGUCCCCCCUGGAAAGGAGAACAUAGCACCCCAGCCUCAGACCCACCAUGGGGCAGUCCCACUGGCACUGACAUCCCCUGGGAAGGAGAACUCCCAGGGGCCUCUGCUGCUCACCCGUACCCCAGAAGCCUUGCCUUUUCCCUGGACUCCAAUACCUCCAGGCUCUUGGGCCCCUGGACACUGGCUGCCUCCAGGCCUUUCCAUGCCACCCCCAGUGGUGUGCCGCUUACUGUGUCAAGAACCUGCCAUCCCUCUGCAUCCCUUCCCUGGCUUUGACCCGGUCACCUCCCUCCGGCUGCCCACUCACGGGCCCCUCCCGACCUACCCAGGAUCUCGCCCGAUACUGACAGCUCCUCUUUCUGGAGAAUCCCAAGGGCCCUCUCUCCUGCCCCGCACAUGCUCAACUCUGAUACUCCAGCCCUGUGGCACCCCAGACCCUCUUCUGCUGCAGCCACAGGCCCCUGGAGCCUCUCGCCUGGCCUGGACCUCUGCCCCAUCAGAACGGCAGCUGCAGCGGGAGGCAGCUGAGGCUCUUGUGGGGCUGAAAGAUUCAUCCCAGACUCCCCGCAUGACUCCUUCUGUCCCUCCCAACUCUGCCUGGAUCUCCCUGCUCCACCCCUGUGGCCCACCAGCUCCCCCUGGAGGAAGAGGAUUCCAGCCUGUUGGUCCUGCUCUGCGACCCAAACCAGGCCCCUCUGUGGCUCUGCAUCUUGGGCGGCUGGGAUCCAUCUCCCUCCUAACCUAAAAGCCCAGACGGGGUGGAGGGGGCAGCAGCCUGCAGGCGCUGCAUCUUUGUGUUUUAUUUAUGUAUUUAUGCAUGGAAUUUAACCCAGUAUAAGCAUCAGGCUUUCUUUAAGCUCUCAUCUCUUGGUUCCUUUUGUAACACGAGCCUUUCCUUGGCAGAAGAUGAAUAUUCUCUUACCCUCUUUGGAUCCUGGGAUCUUACAAAAUUCCUGAGAGAGAGUUGUGCAGUUUAAGCCAACUAGUACCUGAAUAGAUUGUUGCAUGAAUUCAUGUUCCAGGGUAUUUGUUUGACAUGUUAUUCUGUACAUACCUGUGCGCUCAUGUCUGCCUCCAUGCAUGUGCAAACAGAGGAGAGUAUUUUCAUUUUAUGUCUGGGUUUGUGUGAAUGAGCAAGAAAUAAACCUUUGUUUU